AUGGGAAAACAGAAGGCACUUAUGGACAAGCUAGCGAGGACGUUUCAGAUCCGCCACAUGCUGCUAUGCCAGGCUCUGGCAGAGUGCUUGGGAACCCUGAUACUGGUGGUGAGUGGGGACUGUUCUACAUUACUAGUAGUAUUAGCUAUGUACAUAAAAACCCUUCUCUUGAGUCUAAGAGGGCGAUAUCUACUAAGCUAACAUAUGGAAUUGUUUUAAGAUGGUCAUACCAUGGAUCAUUUAGCUAUUUGAUUUCAAAUUUUGGGGCCCUUGUAGGUAUAUAAAAAAAAGAUAUUUAAAAAUGUUGAUGAAACAUUAAAUUUGGCCUUACUGCUAUUAGCCCAUAGAAACGCAUUGAAUAACACAUUCAUACAUGGCAAAACAGAUAGUCAAAAAAUCGAUCAAAAGGAAGUAUGUUUUGAAGUGUUUUUCCUAUAUCUUAGACCCAUAUUCAACCCUUUUAGUUUUGGCACAUUCUACCCCUUAUUCACUUCUAUUCAUUUGUACCACCCAGUACCAGGUUACUUUCAGACAAGUCUAAUUAAUAUUGUGGGUGUCAUAGAGCAAAACAGCUAACAUGUCUGUGUUCGUGAGAGUCUCAGCUUUCGAUAGUCCAAAUAGCUAAAAACGUUGACUUUACAGACGUUUUUGUGAAAAUGAACUUUUCGGCAUCCUCUCAUGUCUGACAAACACCCAUCUCGGGAAGCGGAGGCACACCAGCAGAUUCAGUGGAUUGAGAUGCAGCUCAUGCAAAAAACAGGAAGUCUCUAGCUUAAACACACAUAAUGGGAUGAUGUCACCGGACAUUGACCUCAGAGGGUUAUGAGUGUGUGAAUGUCAAUAGGAAAUACAGUGCCAUACUAUCAUUAGCUAUCCAACAAGUUGGAGCUGAUUGACAGCUUGUGGGUGUGAAAAGAAUGUCCUCCAAAAUCUGGAUGAAGCACAUAAUUAACCCAAGAGAUUGUUCAUUAAGUAUUUAAAAUCCUCUGAUGACUUAAUUCCUGGUUUUAUAAUGAAUUUCACAUUCAUCUAUCUCACUUGUAAUGGAUGAUCUCAAUCUAAAUGUGAUGUUUAAAGCAGUGCUUUGAGCUUGGGUGUGAAUGUAAAUGGUUAGCUCUUCCCACGUUGUUUGCAUUACCUGCACAACCAGAACUGACACUGUGUAAAUUAUAUUAUCAGCUUUUUAAUAUUAUUUUAUUAUCACAUUUUAAUGAACCUCUCAAGUCUUCGACAUGAAAAUAAACAUCCUUUACUUUAAAUUGGACAUUUAAAUAACUUUCUGUUUUCCAUAUAGCAAGGUAUUACAUAAUUAUGAAUACUUCCUUGUUGAUAUUACAUUCCAUAUUUACAUGGAUUCACUGUAUCUAUCUGUAAAAUAUACAAAUGGAUUAAACGGUAACAUGAUCUAUAAUUAAUGCACAAACAUAUUCACCUGCAUACUGCUUUAGGGAUAACUCAAAACCUAGCCUAUAUGAGACAAACCUACGGACUAGAAUAUAAUUGUAUACUGUCCUCCAAGGUGAAAGAUAAUUGUCAUGGAACCAACUCGUCCACGUAUGUAACCGAAGGCACUGGCAGCCUCAUUGGUAUCCAGCUCAAUCCAAAUAAAACAUGUGAGAUUAAUACACAAACAGCUACCUGGGAUCAACUGUUUCCAAUGGUAACCCCCACACAGAACAACAACAGUAGUUGGAGAGAAGAUACGAGCUGAGAGGGGGUAGUCAUGCCAUCUGGUAUUUUCCCAGCCUGCAGCGUGAGGUCUAACUGAUGCCUGAUCCGCUGUUUGGCCACACUACUGAGUGAAGACUUAUGACCCCCUGGCAAACAGAACUCCCCUGGCCCUGACUGCCUGAAUGCAGGUAUUCUCUGCUCUAAAGAAGGCUCCACAGGUAGAUAUCUACCUAGGAUCUUCAAUAGCCACCAUAACCCACCCACCACAACACACUCUUGAUCAAAUGCAUAUAGAAAGCUUUAUAUCUUCCAAAGGAAACUGGGCACACAUGUAUGUUUCUGUAUGAUCCACCAUGUAGCUUUGUUGAAAAUAUGACCUGCCCACGCCAGGUAAUCAGCCAACCAGCGGCCACCACUGCACACCACCACGGCCCCUGGGCUUCGCAGCAAACCCAUAUCAACACACACACACCACCCAUUGGCUCCGUAGCACAUUCAAAACGACACAAGCACGGCUUCUUGGGUCAAUGGAAGCCACACCUCAGUCAAGAUCCGUAGUAGGCUAAAUGGCCACAUGCAUGGCACAGCAAGAGGGGUGGUACUCGGGUCAAUCGGUUGGAGGUGUUAAUCAUCUUGGGUGACCUAUUUUCUACCCUAUGUCUGUAUAUCUGAGCGCUAUACAGAGCUAAAGUUGGAAAAGUCUUAAAACUCAUUUGAGAUGAGUAGUAGACCACCGCUAGACCACAGGCAUAUUUGGGAUCCUGAGUGCACAAGGCACUCAGACAAAAGUUGAUUGAAAAACUAUUUUGGCCCGACAACAAGCUGACUAAAGCAGAAAGAGACUGGACUGGAACAGGCUAUUCUCUAUCCAUCCUCCAUUCUCACUAAUCUACACAGAAAAUGUUAUAGACAGACAGUCUACCCAGGUAGUUACAGACUGUCUGAAUGUGAUGCGCAUGCCAUAGUAAACUUGUUGAUGAUGAAGAUGGUUAUGAUGAAGAUGACCCUUAUAUAUAGUGUAUCCCUUUAUGGGGGGAUUAGUGUAAACAUCAACAAGAUGUAACACAACACCACACUACAAAGUUCACAUGGGUUUGGUAACCCAUGCAGGGUGUCUCUUGUCUCACCUGUCUCUCUCCCAUCUCUGUAGAUGUUUGGCUGUGGUGCGGUAGCCCAGCUGGUGCUGAGUGGUGGCUCCCAUGGAAUGUUCCUCACCGUCAACUUUGCCUUUGGCUUCGCUGCCACAUUGGGCAUACUGGUCAGCGGACAGGUCUCAGGUGAGGGGGGCACGUUAUUACUCUUACUUCCUCUGAAAUCAAAGGUCAGAACAAGAAGAGGUUUCAUUAGUCCAGACAUUCCUCUCUGAUAGUAGCAAGUCUAUUGGGAGUGAUCAGUUAACUAUUGUGACAGACACAUUCUACCUAAGGUAAACUAACAGUAAUCUCAAGUGCAAUACUUAGAGACAGAGACAGAGAGAGAGAGAGAGAACAGCAAACAGUGGAAAUCCGAGAGGCAUACAGAGAAACAGAGAAUGACACUCGCUUGCCUCUCGAAUCUCAAAGUUAUUUGGUCCAUGAUUGAAAGGAAAUUGUGAAGCUGCGUUAUUUCUUUAUUCACUAUACAAGCAAAUCAAAAAGCAGGCAGCACAGAGAGUUCCGCAGUUCACUUGUGCCCACGUCUUCAAUGCCUUUAUAAUGAGGCUGUUGUCACGUUGGUUAAUGAUUAGAAGGCAGGCGCAGGAAUACAUAUUAGGGGUUUUGUUACUCCACCCAACACAAACACGUAUGUAUAUACAGUGGGGGAAAAAAAGUAUUUAGUCAGCCACCAAUUGUGCAAGUUCUCCCACUUAAAAAGAUGAGAGAGGCCUGUAAUUUUCAUCAUAUGUACACGUCAACUAUGACAGACAAAUUGAGAAAAAAACGUCCAGAAAAUCACAUUGUAGGAUUUUUAAGGAAUUUAUUUGCAAAUUAUGGUGGAAAAUAAGUAUUUGGUCACCUACAAACAAGCAAGAUUUCUGUCUCUCACAGACCUGUAACUUCUUCUUUAAGAGGCUCCUCUGUCCUCCACUCGUUACCUGUAUUAAUGGCACCUGUUUGAACUUGUUAUCAGUAUAAAAGACACCUGUCCACAACCUCAAACAGUCACACUCCAAACUCCACUAUGGCCAAGACCAAAGAGCUGUCAAAGGACACCAGAAACAAAAUUGUAGUCCUGCACCAGGCUGGGAAGACUGAAUCUGCAAUAGGUAAGCAGCUUGGUUUGAAGAAAUCAACUGUGGGAGCAAUUAUUAGGAAAUGGAAGACAUACAAGACCACUGAUAAUCUCCCUCGAUCUGGGGCUCCACGCAAGAUCUCACCCCGUGGGGUCAAAAUGAUCACAAGAACGGUGAGCAAAAAUCCCAGAACCACACGGGGGGACCUAGUGAAUGACCUGCAGAGAGCUGGGACCAAAGUAACAAAGCCUACCAUCAGUAACACACUACGCCGCCAGGAACUCAAAUCCUGCAGUGCCAGACGUGUCCCCCUGCUUAAGCCAGUACAUGUCCAGGCCCGUCUGAAGUUUUCUAGAGUGCAUUUGGAUGAUCCAGAAGAGGAUUGGGAGAAUGUCAUAUGGUCAGAUGAAACCAAAAUAGAACAUUUUGGUAAAAACUCAACUCGUCGUGUUUGGAGGACAAAGAAUGCUGAGUUGCAUCCAAAGAACACCAUACCUACUGUGAAGGAUGGGGGUGGAAACAUCAUGCUUUGGGGCUGUUUUUCUGCAAAGGGACCUGGACGACUGAUCCGUGUAAAGGAAAGAAUGAAUGGGGCCAUGUAUCGUGAGAUUUUGAGUGAAAACCUCCUUCCAUCAGCAAGGGCAUUGAAGAUGAAACGUGGCUGGGUCUUUCAGCAUGACAAUGAUCCCAAACACACCGCCCGGGCAACGAAGGAGUGGCUUCGUAAGAAGCAUUUCAAGGUCCUGGAGUGGCCUAGCCAGUCUCCAGAUCUCAACCCCAUAGAAAAUCUUUGGAGGGAGUUGAAAGUCCGUGUUGCCCAGCGACAGCCCCAAAACAUCACUGCUCUAGAGGAGAUCUGCAUGAAGGAAUGGGCCAAAAUACCAGCAACAGUGUGUGAAAACCUUGUGAAGACUUACAGAAAACGAUUGACCUGUGUCAUUGCCAACAAAGGGUACAUAACAAAGUAUUGAGAAACUUUUGUUAUUGACCAAAUACUUAUUUUCCACCAUAAUUUGCAAAUAAAUUCAUUAAAAAUCCUACAAUGUGAUUUUCUGGAAAAAAAAUUUUUUUCUCAUUUUGUCUGUCAUAGUUGACGUGUACCUAUAAUGAAAAUUACAGGCCUCUCUCAUCUUUUUAAGUGGGAGAACUUGCACAAUUGGUGGCUGACUAAAUACUUUUUUCCCCCACUGUAUACACAAAAGGGAUGUAACACAGACAAAGAGCGACGUGUAUCCUCUACACAAUACACGGGACGAGACCCGCAAACAACCAGAGCACAAUACACGGUACUCACGAGACCAACGGACAUGGGACAAUAAUCGACAAGGAACAGAGGGCACAUAUAUCCACAUACUAAUCAGGGGGAAUGGGAAAAUGGUUUGCGUAAUGAGAAAAGACAGUCUGGGGUUGGUGGUAAUGAUCCAUGUCAGUGACGCCUAGGAAGCCGGUGACGUAGACCUCCGGAACUGGUGAACAGAAUGAGUAGCAGUACCGGGGGGAUCCGUGACAGUACCACCCCCUGACACGCUGCACCAGCAGCGGGACGACACCAGCCUCGGGGACAACCACAGGGACACAGUGUGGGUCGGUCAGGGCGCCGACGGUGAAAAUCCCUGGUCAGAGAAGCGUCCAGGAUGUCCACCGCAGGAACCCAGCACCUCUCCUCUGUGCCGUACCCCUCCCAGUCGAUGAUAUACUGGAGACGCCCCGCCCGACGCCUCAAAUCCAGGAUUUAACGGACAGAGUACGCCGGACAUCCCUCUAUGUCCCGAGGAGGAGGCGGGACGUCACUGGGUCAAGCCUCAGCGAGGGGACCAGGCACCACUGGCCUGAGGAGAGACACAUGAAAAGUCGGGUUAAUGCGGUAAUAAGCAGGGAGUUGCAAACGGUACUUUACCUCAUUAACCCUCCUCAGGACUUUAAACGGCCCCACAAACCGUAGGCUCAGCUUCCGGCAGGGCAAGCGGAGGGGCAUGUUCCGGAUGGAGAGCCAGACCCGGUCGCCUGGAGAGAAAACAGGUGCCUCACUGCGGAGGCAGUCGGGCCUGUUCCUUGUGCCGACACACAGCCCGCUGGAGACGAGUGUGUGCAGCGUUCCAGAUCUCCUCAGCGCACCGAAACCACUCAUCCACCGCAGGGGCCUCGGUCUGGCUUGGAUGCCAAGGUGCCAGGGCCGGCUGAUACCCCAACACGCACUGGAAAGGAGUGAGGUUAGUGGGGGAGUGGCGGAGGGAAUUCUGCCCAUACUCAACCCAAGAUAGAAAAUCCGCCCACUCCCCCAGCCGGUCCUGACAGUAACACCUCAGGUACCUGCUCACUUCCUGAUUGACCCUCUCCACCCAAACCAUUAGCAUGAGGAUGGUACCCGGGGGUGAGACUGACUGUGACCUCCAGGCGUUCCAUGAACGCUUUUCAUGCGUGUGAGGUGAACUGAGGACCACGCUCUGGCACAAUGUCCUCCGGGAUCACGUUGUGCCGGAAGACGUGCGUAAAAAGAGCCUCCGCAGUUUGCAUGGCCGACGAGAGCCCAGAUAGAGGAAGGAGGCGACAAGCUUUGGAAAACCGGUCCACAACGACGAGAACGGUGGUGUUCCCCUGGGAGGGGGGAAGGUCAGUGACAAAGUCCACCGAGAGGUGUGACCAGGGUCGUUGUGGAACCGACAGAGGAAGGAGCUUUCUAUAACAGAGGUGUCUGGGUGUCUUAGACUGGGCACAGAUGGAGCAGGAAGAGACGUAAACCCGGAUGUCCCUAGCCAAGGUGGGCCACCAGUACUUCUCAGUCAGGCAGGCGAUGGUACGGACUAUCCCAGGAUGACCCGACACAGGCGCCGUGUGCGCCCAGGAAAGGAGGCGGUCCCGCACACCCAUGGACACGUAGGCGUGGUUCUCAGGGCACUGUGCAGGUGCGGGUUCCGUACACAGGGCCUGCUGUAUGUCGGCGUCCACGUCCCACACCACUGGUGCGAUGAUACGGAAUGGAAGGAUGAUGGGGGUCUCCUCUUCCUGCCUCUCCUCUGCCUGGGUUGGAGCAGGGGAAUUCCCUGGCUUGUCAACUCCUCACCUAUUAGUGGAUAGAUGGCAGGUCGGGGAGAAAUGACUACGCCAUAGGAGCAGAGGCCCAGAUUCCUCCUUCUCCUACGUUCUGCCUCGGGCAAACAUGCAGAGCACACCUCCAUCGGCUCUGGCCACAGAGCAGGUGUAGCCAUGGGCUCCGGAUUCCGCAAAGGUCUUCGUCCGGACUGCAGGAGGUUCUCCAACCGGAUCGCCAUGCUGAUGAGCUGGUCAAGUGACAGGUUGUCAUCACGGCAGGCUAACUCCAUCUGUACCUCCUCCUGCAGUCCGCUGUGGAACACGGUGACCAGAGCCGACUCGUUCCAUAAGGUGGAGGCUGCGAUGGUCCGGAACUCCAAGGCGAACUCCGAGGCGGUCCUAGAUCCCUGGCAUAGUCGGAGUAGACGCUCACCCCCCUCUCGGCCCUCCACAGGAUGAUCAAACACCGAGCAGAAGAGAAGGGUGAAGCGUUCAUAGGACUCGACCUCUGGUCCGCCCAUCUGGACAGUGCAGAGAUGACAAUGGCAACCCUGUCUCUCCCGGAUACAGCCUUGGUGUAGCGAGCGAGGUACAGGUCGCAUUGCAGAAGGAAUCCCUUGCAUCUCGCUGGCGCACCGUCAAAGUGCUCUGGGAGGGACAGGGGUAUUCCGUGGACCGGCUCAGAUGGAACGGAAGCAAGUAGUGGUGGUGUGGGGGCUGUUGCCGGAACCAGUGCUGGAGACUGGAGGGACUGCACUUUCCCCUCCAACUGCAGGAUGGUUGCCAGCACGCUGUCCAUGGCACUGCCGAGUCUGGAGAGACAGUCCUCAUGAUGCUGGACUGUCUCUACGAUGGUCGCCAGCACAGCCAUUCCCACUGUCUCAAUUUUUUGGGGUCGAUUAUUCUGUCAUGUUGUAUAAUGAUUAGAAGACAGGAGCAGGAAUACGUAUUAGGGGUUUUAUUACUCCACCCAACACAAAUUAGGGAUCUCCUACCAUUCCGCAAUUUAAGCUGCAAACACAAGGUGAGAGGAGGGAGACCGACACCCAUGUGGAUGCGCAGUCUGAACAGUUCAUUAGGUAUUCUACUUCAAGGUUUUAAAGGGAAAAUCUACUGUAGCUUCAUGGGAUCAUUUUCUGGGCCUUUUCAUCCCUCAAAUGUACUGUGUGUCACAGAGACCUGCCAACCUAACAGGCAUUUACUGAGUCUACUAUUACGGCAGAUAGUCUCGGGUCCUUUUUUCCCCUCUGAGAAAAGGUUUUAAGAGAAUCAUCUUUAGUCUUGAUGUGCUUGGGUUGUUUUCUCUCAUUUAGAGAAAAGGAGGAGACUUGGUUUAAAGAGAGAUGGUCUUGGAUGAUUUUUACUCAGAGAAAAUGGGAUAGAAUGAAAGUGAGAAAUGGCCAUUCACCAUUUGCCAAAUUGUUCUUUGUCACAGGAGGCCACCUGAACCCAACGGUGACCUUCGCCCUCUGUCUAUUGGGGAGAGAACCUUGGAGGAAGUUCCCUGUGUUUUUCUUAUUCCAGACUCUGGGGGCCUUCCUGGGAUCUGGGAUCAUAUUUGGAAUGUAUUUUGGUGAGGAGAAUUUGAAGAGAAAUGUCCAAAUAACAAAAACUGUUUUUACAGUGGCUAUAUUCCACCGAAAACAUUCUCCAGACUUUCAACGUUUUAUUAAAUAACUGUUAUUUUCUCCCUAAGGGAGUUUCAAGGUUAUACAGCUACUGUAGAUGGUACCACACACAAUGUGAUCUCUUAUAUGUUGCUGUGGUUUCUCCAGAUGCAUUGUGGGACUACGGCCAAGGAACGAUGAUCGUUGUGGGGGAGAAUGCAACUGCUGGGAUCUUUGCUACCUAUCCCUCCAAACAUCUCACUCUGGUUAAUGGAUUCUUUGACCAGGUACAUUCACAAUAUUAUAGUAUAUUAGUGCAUCCACAUUAGGACAGCCUCUGAAUCAUACAAAGUUAUAUGGACUAAUGUCCUGUAUGGAAACCGUAGUACAUAACAACAACAAGCACAUUUUUGCAACAAAACACACACAACAACGCCAGGGUUGUGGGUUCGAUUCUCACGGGAGGCCAGUAUGAAAAAUAAAAAAAUAAUGUAUGCACUCACUAACUGUAAGUCGCUCUGGAUAAGAGCGGCUGCUAAAUGACUAAAAUGUAAAUGUAACAACCAUGUACAACUGAGCCUGGCUGUGUUACAGAUUAUAGGCACGGCUGCACUGAUCAUGUGUAUCCUGGCCAUCGUGGACCCCUACAACAACCCUAUCCCCCGGGGCCUGGAGGCCUUCACGGUGGGCUUUGUGGUUCUGGUCAUCGGUCUGUCCAUGGGCUUCAACUCGGGCUAUGCUGUCAACCCUGCCAGAGACCUGGGCCCUCGCAUCUUUACUGCCCUGGCUGGCUGGGGUAGUGAGGUCUUCAUGUGAGUCUCUUUAGGGUUUUCUCCCGUUUUUUUCUCUUUCUGUGUUUUCUUUCUUUCUAAUAAUGACUUAAAUAAAGCAUGUCUUGUGAGAAGUUCUAUCUUACCAUAAGUUAUUAAAGAUAAUAGCUCUGCUUUCACUAUUUACUCUCUAUGGACAUACAACCUUGUCUCUGUCUUGGUCUCCCACAGGGCUAAUUCCUACUGGUUCUUUGUGCCAAUCUUUGCCCCCUUCAUUGGUGCAGUGGUGGGGGUGAUGGUGUACCAGCUGAUGGUGGGGUACCAUGUGGAAGGAGAAGCACGGGAGAAGAGGGAAGAGGAAGAGAAGGAGGAGCAAGAGGAGAUGCUUAAACUGUCCAGCCUUACAACCAAGGAGCGCGCCUGA